GAAAUGACGUUCAAAUCUUUAACGAAUCUUGGAGGCUUUGGAAAAGCUCCUUGGGACGUACCUGUCGAGCGUUAUCACAGUGAGGGAAGUGGCUACCAUCACGGAUAUCGUGGAAGCUCCAAGGGAAAGGGUGGAAAUAGCGCUGCAUUGAGUGCGUUGACCUUGCUUGCUUUUCUAUUUCUCUUAAAUGUCAUGCAGCAAUCCUUACAAGAUAACAACUCGACGCUCGUUCCAACGACCACUACGCUGUUGUUGCGAGACACCGAUCAGUUACCAAUCGUCUUGGACAAUGGAGAGGAAAAAAAGGUCGAAACGAAAGACAACUUCGCACGUAUAGCAAGUUCGUAUACCUCGGAAGCGAUGGCAAAAGAUUAUACGCGACACAAAGUCUAACCGCAUCUGACAACUGGAGAUCUGUCUGGCAUUUUCUGGAAUACUUUUGUUUCUUACAUUUUUCUCACGAAUAUAUUUGAAAAUAUUUAUUCUCAGAUUUUUCCUGUUUUUAAUUUUAAAAAUA